GCGCGCUCCACUGACAAGAAGAAGCGCAGGAGGAGGAGGGAAUCCUACGCCAUCUACAUCUACAAAGUCUUGAAGCAGGUGCACCCCGACACCGGAGUGUCCAGCAAGGCCAUGUCGAAGAACAGCUUUGUCAACGACAUCUUCGAGCGCAUUGCUGCCGAGGCUUCCCGCCUUGCCCACUACAACAAGCGAUCCACCAUCACAAGCAGAGAGAUCCAGACCGCUGUGCGUCUCCUGCUGCCUGGUGAGCUCGCCAAGCACGCCGUGUCCGAGGGCACAAAGGCUGUCACCAAGUACACCAGCAGCAAGUAA